GGCGCCAUUUUGACGCAGCAGACUACAUAAAAAGUUAACUGUUGUAAACACAAACAAUCGCACAACUCCUACGGUUUUCAUUGUCAGUUUUUAAAGAGAUGCAGCAUGGGGACAAUAAGCUGGGACGAGUUCAAGGCUUUUGCACAAAGCUUCUUAACCGUUUCAGAUGAAAUAAACGAUGGUUGGGCUUGGCAAGGUGAUCAGGACCAAUUAGCUGGGGCCUUUAUAGCAAAGAAAAUAAAGCAGCUAUUAAGGAAACAGAGAUCUCUACCAGCGGAAGAUGAAACCGAUCCGUUCGAAGACACUUCUUGUCAAACUGAAGACAAUCAUAUAGCGGAGGAACUAAAUGGAUCCCAGCAAGAAUGUACAUGGGAGUACCACAUUCUGUACAGUCCCAGCUAUGCCACACCUGUUCUAUUUUUCAAUGUAUUUACAUCAGAUGGACAUCUUGUGCCCUUAGAAUCCUUGUGGAAAGGUGGAACACAGGGAGCACUUCAACAUUUGCGCUGGGAAGCACUUUCACAACAGGAACACCCUGUUUUGAGGAGACCAUACUAUUACCUACAUCCUUGCAAAACUGCUGAACUUUUAAACCUACACCAAGGUUCAAGCACCAAUCCCAUUGUUACUUGGCUCAGUAGCAUGGGCCCAGCCAUAGGACUGCACUUAGACAUUGCCUAUGGUCAUUUGGUUCAAAAUCAAAGGUGAAAUGCAAGUAUCUGCUGUAUCCCUAAUUUGGAUGGCUGUGAUUUUCUACUGGGUAGUUUUAUGUGCAAGGACAACUGGAAGAAUUAAUUUUGACAAAUUAAAUUAAAAUUAUUUUAUUCUUGCA